UGUGUGAGAAAAUGAAAAAAAUUUUCUCAUUCUUCGGUUGUAUUUUUUUUCAGAGUAUUCCAUUUGUGAUUCAAUUUCCAGUAUCGGGCUCGAUUCGGAUUCUGUCAUCAAAUUGUUUUGAAUCAAAAACAAUGAUCAUAGGACAUGUUUAUUGAUGGCGCCCAUAUUGAUUCUUGUUCAAAUGAUUUCAACUUGGUGAUUGUGAUCAAAAUUGAAAGUAUCAUUUUUUUUUCAUUGUCAUUAUAUUAAAAAAAAAGCCAAUCGGAAUAAAGUUAAAGCUGCUCCAGCCAGUCAGCCAUAGUUUUUUUUUUAUAUUUCGUGGAUCAUCGUGUAUGGCGUCAUCGUCAUCAUCAUCAUCAUCAUCAUCAUCGUCGUCGUUGUUGUUGUUGGAGGAUUCAGACACAAAAAAAACAUCAAACAUCUGCCUUUUGUGUUUUAGGGCAUCCAACGAAAAAAAAACAGCAGCUGCCAAGUGUAAAAUACAUACAUACACACAUAUUCGGGAAGUUAGCCAAUAGUAUUAGUUUGGCUGAUGUUUUUUUUUUGUUGGCCACAUCCAUUCGAACAAACUCGAAUCUUGAAAAAAUUAAUUUUUUGUUUUUCCUUUCAAAUUUAUUCGAUUCAUCGGAAAUUGUUGAAAUUCACGGUCGUUCAUGGUUUUUGACAGUGGUCAGGGAUUAUUCUCAUCGUUCGAUGUAUGAUUGUGACUAAUGGGUGAAAGAUUCAUCUGAUUGGAUUUUUUUUUAAUUCUUAUUAUCGUCAUCAUCAUCAGAUACGAUGGCCAACUCUAAUGAUGAAGAAUUAAACUAUGUACAAGUGUUUCAAAAUUGUUUCGGCCCAAAAAUACCAUUAUCAUCGCCUCCGCCAUCAUCAUCGAUUUCAAAUAAACCACCACCACCACCAACAUCAUCAUCAUCAGCAGCAACCAUAUCUACAAUAUCAUCUGUGACAAGUUGUUGUAAUAGUUCAUCAUCGGUGAAUGUGAUUACCGAUUCGAAUCCAGUGCCAAGUGGUUGUUCAUUAACUAAUCGAACACAACAACGAACUCGAACAAGAACAACAUCCGGAUCAUCACCACCAUUACCACCAUCACGGUGCCUGUAUACAACGGGAUCGAAUACAAUUCGAACCGGUGUAGAUAAAUCCCAGGCUGAUAUGCCUUCAUAUACGAUGCCUUCAUAUGGAUCGAAUGGUGGUCAAUCACAACCACAACCAACAAUGGCCAAUAUUGUUGUUGAUAAUGUACAUUUGGCAACAAUGAGCCAUCAUCAUCAUCAUCAAGAUGAUAUUAAUUCUGCUGGAAUAAUGGGUGUAGUGACCACACCUACACCAUCGACAUAUCAUCAAUUGAAUAAUCCUGAUCAUCAACAACAGCAACAAUCAUCACAGCAGCCACCAUCAUCACAGCAAUCAACCCAUUAUCCACCUCCGACUAAUGGUACCAAUUCUGGUGCCGCUGCUGUUGCCAAUACAGCUACAGCACCCGACUCUUCACAAUAUUAUUCACCCUAUUGUGAUUCACGAGGAACACUUUUUGGUGAAUCAUCCAAUAAUUAUUAUCAAUUGGAUGCAUCGAAUGAUUGGAAUACAGCAGCCAGUCAACAAUAUGGUUCCCAUAUUGUUGGUGCCACAACCACACCACCACCACCACAACAACAACAAUAUGGUAUCAAUAUCCAUACACACCCACAAACCAUGGAUCAAUUGGUACCGCAACCACCGAAUACCGCAUCCCUUUAUGAUACUGUAUCAAGCAGUCCUAAUAAUAAUAAUAGCCUUUCAAGUCUUCCACCAAUGUCAACAUUCGCAACAAAUCGACCAAAUGAAAUGACCACUGGUGAUUAUCCAACCACAACGACAAUUUCAUCAAUACAAUCACCGAUACAGACUAUCGAUAUUAAACCAGAUAUAACAAGCCUUUAUCCGAUGACCAAUAACAAUGAACAACAACAACAACAACAAGCUAAUCAACAAUGGUCACAAUUAACCACAUCAACACAGCCACCGACACGACGAUCUCCUACCACUGUUGUUACUCCAUUACAGCAGCAGCAAUCAUUUCAAUCGACUGAUAUUAAAUCCUCCAAUACAAAUGAAAUCACUCAUCUUCAUACAAUGCAAACCGUAAACGCCACCAACGUUAUUGAUGAUCAUCAUCAUCAAUUCGAUGACCCCACCAAUACUACUAUGCACCUUAUGAAUGAUUCGAAUAUUUCUGGCGAGCAUACAAGAGGUGUGAAUGUUGGCGAACGUUUGGAUGAUGCUAUCGAUAUUCUUCGUAAUCAUGCUGAAGGUCAACAAUUGUUAGGACCAAAUUCUUUUCUAUCACCUCCAAAUAAUACUGAACUGACAACAUUAGAAGGACAUGUGCAAAGUCCAAAUGGUCUGAUUUCGAGCAUGCGUACUAUUGUGCCACAAUCGACUUCCGCGACGAAUAGCACGUUGCCUCAACAGCAGCCUGUGGCCGUAACAUCACCUUUAUUACACAAUGCUGUUGCUGGUACGGUAUCCAAUGCAGCACCGACAUCCACUUCUCAGAAUGUUAAGAAUAAAAAUUCACGCUCAUCAUCAUCAUCACCGGCUGCAUCAAAGCCUAAACGAUCCAGAGGCCGAAAAAUGCUUCCAUUUGUCAGUUCGGCCGAUGAAGAUGAACCACCCGAAAUUAAACAUGAACGAGAACGAGAACGAAGACAGGCAAACAAUGCUCGUGAAAGAAUUCGUGUUCGUGACAUAAACGAAGCAUUCAAAGAACUUGGACGUAUGGUUGUUAUGCAUCUGAAAUGUGACAAAGCACAGACCAAAUUGAAUAUUCUUCAUCAGGCUGUCGAUGUUAUUACCAAUUUGGAACAACAAGUUAGAGAACGAAAUCUUAAUCCAAAAACUGCCUGUCUAAAACGAAGAGAAGAAGAAAAAUCCGAAGAAACUGUUCAUGCCAAAUACAUGUCCAACACGCAAGGACAACCUCCACAGAUGGCAACCACGUUAUCACCUCCAAUGAUGACUGGUGGCGGUCCAGGAUCGAAUAAUCCGGUAACAAAUGUAAUUCAACAACAACAUAUCACACCACAACAAUCAUCGAAUCAAUCAACUGUAUCGGCAGGUCCAUCAAACGUGUCUCAUUCACAUCAUUUAAUGAAUGCUGGAGCAUCCAUGUCGAUUGUAACAAGUUCGAAUAUGCUUUAAAGAAAAAAAAGAUAUUUAUAUAUUUUUUUUCAUCAUCAGGGACCUAACAUAACCUAGCCGAACAGUAUAUAUGUGUGUCCUAAGUGUUUUGUGGCUAUAGAGCUAGUCCCAUUACCCAAAUAGAAUGCUUUUUUUCUGAAACGAAAGUGACAAAUUGAUUGAUUGGAACUCCAUUAAGUUAUUAUUAUUCAUUUAUUUACAU